AUGCCCGGCGCUUUGGGGCAGCAGGACAGAGCCCAGGGCGCGCGCGGAGCCUCCCAGCGUCUCGCACCUCCGGCCACAGCUAUGACAGAAAACUCCGACAAAGUUCCCAUCGCCCUAGUGGGGCCUGACGACGUCGAGUUUUGCAGUCCCCCGGCGUACGCCACGGUGACCGUGAAGCCCUCCAGCCCCGCGCGGCUGCUCAAGCUCGGAGCUGUGGUUCUCAUUUCGGGGGCGGUGCUGCUGCUCUUCGGGACCAUCGGGGCCUUCUACUUCUGGAAGGGGAGCGACAAUCACAUUUACAAUGUCCAUUAUACCAUGAGUAUCAAUGGGAAAUUACAAGAUGGGUCAAUGGAAAUAGAUGCUGGGAACAACCUGGAGACCUUUAAAAUGGGAAGUGGAGCUGAAGAAGCAAUUGAAGUUAAUGAUUUCCAGAAUGGCAUCACCGGAAUCCGUUUUGCUGGAGGAGAAAAGUGCUACAUCAAAGCACAGGUGAAGGCUCGUGUUCCUGAAGUGGGCACCGUGACCAAACAGAGCAUCUCCUCCGAAUUGGAAGGCAAGAUCAUGCCAGUCAAGGAUGAAGAAAAUUCUCUUAUCUGGGUGGCUGUCGACCAGCCCGUGAAGGACAACAGCUUCUUGAGUUCUAAGGUCUUAGAACUCUGUGGUGACCUUCCUAUCUUCUGGCUUAAGCCAACAUACCCAAAAGAAAUCCAGAGAGAAAGAAGAGAGUUGGUAAGAAAAAUUGUUACAACUACCACAAGGAGACCACCUAGUGCACCACGGGGCAACCCAGGCCCUAGAGAACCAAAUAAUGAAACCAGACCUAGUGUUCAAGAGGAUUCAGAACCCUUCAAUCCAGACAACCCUUACCAUCAGCAGGAAGGGGAAGGCAUGACAUUCGACCCUAGACUGGAUCAUGAAGGAAUCUGCUGCAUAGAAUGUAGGCGGAGCUACACUCAUUGCCAGAAGAUCUGUGAGCCCCUGGGGGGCUACUAUCCGUGGCCCUACAACUAUCAAGGUUGCCGCUCCGCCUGCCGAGUUGUCAUGCCAUGCAGCUGGUGGGUGGCCCGCAUCCUGGGCAUGGUGUGA